AUGAGUCUAGAAAAAGAACACAAGAAAACGCUAGAAGAGGACGACGAAUUCGAAGACUUUCCGGUCGACACAUGGCCAGAUUCGGAAACAGUUAAAGAAGCUUCAAACGUGCAGUCGAAUCUUUGGAAAGAAGAUUGGGACGACGUGGAAGUGGACGACGACUUCACCAAAGAGCUGCGGUCCGAGUUGGAAAAGCAUAAGCAAUAA